AUGGCGACGAAUACUACUGAAGUGGUAGUUCCGGAUUCGGUUUGGCCUACAGGUCAUCUGUACUUGCCGGCGUUGACGUUGGUUUUUGGUGUACCAUUCCUCAUCAUCCUCGGUAUCUGCCUAAUCCAACGUCGCAACCGUCGUAUCCAACAACUUCAAAGUGAAAUGCUGCACAAUCGGCGUCUUUCGACUUUCAGCCAAUCCGGCAGCCUCUACGUGGGAGCUCGUGCUCGGACC